UGGGCCGAUAAGGCGCGGGGGCGGCCAGACAAAGCCGUGGCCGCGCACUCCCGCACGGGUCGCUGUCCCUCGCCUACCCCGCCCCUUCCCCCGUCCGGUGGCUGCGGCUGCGCGCAUCAUCAGAGGACGGUGGGUGGGGAACACCAGCCUCGAGCCUCGCCUCACCCCACUCACCAACCGCAGCAGCUCGACAGAGAAUGGCGGCGCCGUCGUACCUCGCGUCCUCUCAGCUCCCCCGCCUCGCUGACCUCCGCCGCGCCGCGGCGGCCGCUCCCGCCGCGCCGCAGCAGCUCCGCCUCGCCUGCUCGCGCCGCCGCGCCCAGCGCGUCGUCGCCAUGGCCGGAUCCGGCAAGUUCUUCGUGGGGGGUAACUGGAAGUGCAAUGGAACAAAGGACUCCAUUAGCAAGCUUGUCUCUGACUUGAAUGCCGCUACACUCGAAUCUGAUGUAGAUGUUGUGGUAGCACCUCCGUUCAUUUAUAUCGAUCAGGUCAAGAAUUCACUGACUGAUCGCAUUGAGAUAUCUGCUCAGAACGUGUGGAUUGGAAAAGGAGGAGCCUACACUGGAGAGAUCAGUGCAGAACAAUUGGUGGACAUCGGCUGUCAAUGGGUUAUUCUUGGGCACUCAGAGCGUAGACAUAUUAUUGGUGAAAAUGAUGAGUUUAUUGGGAAGAAGGCUGCAUAUGCAUUGAGCCAAAAUGUUAAGGUUAUUGCUUGCAUAGGAGAGCUGUUGGAAGAGAGGGAAGCUGGGAAAACUUUUGAUGUAUGUUUUAAGCAGAUGAAGGCUUUUGCAGAUAGUAUUUCAAACUGGGCCGAUGUUGUAAUUGCAUAUGAGCCUGUUUGGGCUAUUGGAACCGGAAAAGUUGCUACUCCUGAGCAAGCCCAGGAAGUUCAUGCUGCUGUACGCGAUUGGUUGAAAACCAACGCAUCUCCUGAUGUUGCUUCUAGCAUUCGAAUAAUUUACGGAGGUUCAGUAAAUGCAGCCAAUUGUGCAGAGCUAGCAAAGAAAGAAGAUAUUGAUGGCUUCCUUGUUGGUGGUGCCUCUUUGAAGGGUCUGGAUUUUGCCACCAUUAUCAACUCAGUGACUUCCAAGAAAGUUGCAGCCUGAUGCACCCUGUUAGAAAUAAGUGAUCAGAGAGGCAGUUCGGCUGCCAUACCAUAAAAGCCCGAUGCACCUUCUGGUUUUUCUGAGUUGUAGCACGACAAAAAUAAUAAUGCAAUAUGUUACCCAUCUUUUUUUCUCGUAGACCUUUUUUUACGUGACGGGAGUUCAGUUGUACCUUAGCGAGUGAUCAGUGUAGUAUUAUGAUCUCAAAAUCGAAAGUCAAUAAAUCAACGCCGUGGUUAUUGGUCGAGGAGCUGCCAA